AUGAAGAAUCUCCUCAUCACGUGCUCCUUGCUCGUCGGCGCUUCGGCGCAUACAAUUUUCCAAGAGUUAUGGGUUAACGGAGUGGCACAGGGACACACGAAAGGCAUCCGAGUUCCCGCAUACGAUGGGCCAAUUACUGAUGUGACGUCCAAUGAUGUUAUAUGCAAUGGAGGGCAACAGCAUACUGAAUGUACACCGCAAAUGCAGGUCAAAGCUGGCGAUAAGCUCACCGCCGAAUGGCAUCAUACCUUAGACAGCGGGAGUACUGGUGAAGCGCAAGAUCCCAUUGAUAAGGGGCAUCUCGGCCCCGUAAUGGUGUACCUUGCCAAAGUAGACGAUGCUUUGACUACCAAAGUCACCGGCCUCAAAUGGUUUAAGAUCUAUGAAGAUGGGCUCGAUAGCAAGGGCCAGUGGGCGGUCACAAGGCUUUACAAUAAUAAAGGCAAAGUGAACUUCACUUUACCUUCAUGCGUUCAGAGCGGCCAAUACCUCCUGAGAGCAGAACUCAUUGCCCUGCACGGCGCCGCCAGUUACCCUGGAGCGCAACUGUACAUGGAGUGUGCUCAGAUUAACGUUACUGGGGGCGGCUCCGCGAAUCCACCCACGGUUAGCUUUCCCGGAGCAUACAAGGGGACUGAUCCUGGCAUCAAGUUCCAGCUCUUCUAUCCAACCCCAACGACAUACACAAUCCCCGGCCCAACCGCCUUCAAAUGCUAAAGGGCUCGAGACGAGGCUGAUAUAGAGUCUGGAACAUAAUUGGGGUAUUGUCGUGUAAUUGCAGAAGCUACCUGUGCU